CUUUCCCCACAUCUGAGAAGAAAGAAAAGAGGAGACAGGGAAACCGGACAGUUGAGACUGGCACAAAGAUCAUGGCAUCAAUAGAAAUCCAACAGUACGGCACAGAUCUGGUGCAGAUCCCUGUCAAGUCGUUGAGCUCACGGUAUCACCAGAUCUCCAACCUUGGCUCUGGCAGUUUUGGGAUGGUUGCAUUGUACAAGGUCAAAAAUGGAAUUCUGGAUAGUUUGGUGGAAGAGAUGAUGAACUUCCCAGGAACUCUUUUGAGUCCCUCAUCAAUCAAUUAUAAGUAUUCUAACGACCUUGUUGCGAUCAAGACAAUGAACAAGAAGUUGAAAAAGCUCACCGACUACUCAAAGGUUAAGGAGAUUCAGUUCAUAUUCUCUGUAGAUACUCAUUUUAAUCUUGUGCAAAUAAUCGACGUUUUUAUUGACAGAACGUACUUGAAGUUGAACAUUGUGAUGGAAAAUAUGGAUCAAAACUUGUACCAGUUGAUGAAAAUGAGAAAGGGAAAUGUAUUCUCACCAAGAACAUUGAAAAGCAUUCUUUCCCAGUUACUAAGUGCCAUUUUACACAUUCACAAACACCUCUUUUUUCACAGGGAUGUUAAGCCAGAAAAUAUCUUGGUGAUGCAAAAUUUGAAUUUCUUUGGUUCGAGGCAAAACAUCCCUUCAAAUCAGCGUAAUAAUUCUUACAUUAUCAAACUAGCAGACUAUGGUCUUGCCAGACAUUCAAGAAAUGACAAACCUUUUACUGCUUAUGUUUCAACUAGAUGGUAUAGGUCUCCAGAAAUUUUACUAAGACAAGGAUAUUACUCUUUCCCUGUUGACAUCUGGGCCUUCGGGUGUGUCGCUGUCGAAUGUGCAACCUUUUGUCCACUUUUCCCAGGAGCAAACGAGUUAGAUCAAUGCUGUAAAAUCAUGGAGUUUUUGGGUAACCCAAAUAAAUCCUUCCAGCUAUCUGCUCUUCAGAAUAGCAACUACAGCUAUAAUAGUUACAAGACUAACGGUAAUAAUAACAGUUACAAUUAUGGACCAAUGGUGCCUUUUGGUGGAUUCUGGGAUGAUGCGAAAGAUUUAGCGUUGAAGCUAGGUUUAGUAUUUCCAAAAAAUUUUGGUUACAGAUUAGAAAAUGUUAUAAUACGGAAAGAUUUUAGCUUACAUGAAAAGAAAGAUUUUUUCCAAAUGGUCAAGUCAUGUUUGACGUGGGAUCCAAAUAAGAGAGCAACUGCGUUCAGUUUGCUACACUCACCUUAUUUUGAAGAUACAAUGUCUGUCAUGGAG